UACAACUACAUGAAACUCUCUAUUAAAAUUGUGGAAGAACCACCUCACACAAGCUGUAGAGGGGGAAACAAAAGAGAAAAACCCUAGGAUAUACCCUCGCGAACUACCCAACUAGCCUCAAAAUUCCAAGUUACUAUGAUGUGUAUAUACAUAUUCCAUAUGUGGAGAAUCAUAAUAGGAAAUUCUCAAUCCUAGAAGCUUUUCAUUAACAUUGUUCUAGGGUGUAUCAGGUUCUAUCAGUCUGCACUCAGUAUUCAUGGACAACAUAGAAGCUAACCAGCAACAGGUUACAGAAAAUGAUGAGAUUACAAGAAGUAAUGAGGGGUUGACACCUGAAUCCUCUGAAGCGGCCCAGGCACCAAAGAGGAAAGGAGGCCGACCAACAGGAUCUAAAAAUAAAUUGAAACAUGAGGUAAUCAUGAGACAAGACAAAAAUGCAAUGUAUCCCGAUAUUUUGGAAGUUGAGGUUGAUUCUGAUAUUCUGGAAUGUUUAGUUUACUUCUGUAAAAAGCAUAAUGCUGUGGUGAAGGUUUUGUCUGCUAGCGGGAUGGUAAGCGGUUUUCUCCCAUUGGGAUUCCCUGGACAACCAGUUAAAGGCGUUUUUGAACUGGUGGGUCUUACUGGAGACUGUUCCAAUUCUUCUUGUAGUUUGAGAGCUUGUUUGCAUGAUAAUGAGGGGACGGUUACAGGAGGAAUGGUGAGAAAACUCAUUGCUGCUGGUUUUGUCAGAGUUACAAUUGCAUCCAUAGUCAAUCCAUGUUAUCAUAGGCUCACUCAGAAUAGUGAAGAAGAUGGCGAUGGCAAUGUCAGGUUGGAUUCACAUUCAUCAAACAUUAUCAGUCCCAGAAAUCCUCAGUAUGCCACAGAGGCGACUGCAUUACCUUAUCAUUUCAGUUCUCAAGUUCCUUGGAAUGACACAGGGUUGAGUGGAGACCCAAGGUUCAGGCCCCAAUUCCCUGGAAAUGUUUACAUAAGACCAGCGGCGCUAACCAAUAUCAAUUGGCAGGGUGCACCCCCAGUGGGAGUUCCUUGCACUAAAAGGAUCCCACCCUCAUCCUCAGAUGUCAGUUCUGGGGUUCCUAGCCAUGAUUUCAUUAGGAGGACUGCAUCCCCAAUGUUCAGUUGGGGAUUUCCAUCAAAUCCCCCAGGGUUGACUGCAUCUCCAAUGUUCAGUUCUGGAGUUCCAUCAUCAAAUCUCCAAGUGUUGACUGCGGCCCCAAGGUUCAGUUCAGGAGUUCCAUCAUCAAAUCUCCCAGGGUCGACUGCACCCCCAAUGUUUGGUUCAGGAGUUCCAUCAUCAAAUCUCUCAGGGUUGACUGCGCCCCAAAUGUUCGGUUCAGGAGUUCCAUCAUCAGAUCUCCCAGGGUUGACUGCGCCCCAAAUGUUCGGUUCAGAAGUUCCAUCAUCAGAUCUCCCAGGGUUGACUGCGCCCCAAGUAUUCAGUUCAAGAGUUCCAUCAUCAGAUCUCCCAAGGUCACCUUCCCCACGAGUUCCACCAUCAUAUAUUCUACCGUUGCCUGCACCGCGAGGGCCAAGUUCAGGAGUUCCAUCAUCAAAUCUUCCAGGGUUGCAUGUCCCGCCAUUGUCAGUUGCAUCCCCCGUGUUCAGUUCAGGAGUUCCUGGCCAUGAUUUCACUGGAAGGAUCACAUCCUCGAGUUUCCAAGGGGAAACUGUGUCCUCAAUGUUCAGUUCUGACAUUCGUGACCUUGAUUCCACAAGGCUAACUGCAUCUCCAGUAUUCAGUUCUGGAUAUCCUGGCCUUGAUAUCGCAAGGCUAACUAGAUCCUCAAAUCUGGCGGGAAUAACUGCAUCCCCAACAGUCAAUUACCAAAUUCCUUUAAAUCGUGUUUCCAAGCAGUCAACUACAUUACCAAAUCUUACAGGAUCGACUGCUUCUAUCAAUUCUCUCAGUUCAGAAACUAAUAGCAAUACUCAGGCAACAAAUACUGGAUCCAUGCGCACAAAUUCCAGUCAAGCCUAUGGACCUCUAAGUUCUAAGAGUUAAAAGAUAGUGGAGUAUAUUUUGAAUGUUUUUGGCGCAUACUUGGCUUUAACGAAAGCUUUGGGCAAAGCUAAUCAUCUUUAUUGUAAUUUUUUGGCCUUGAAGAAUAAGUUAUGCGAGCUUCCAUUGUUCCUCACAGGAGCCUUUUUCAUUUACACUUAAUGGAUGUUUAUACACUUUCCGUUGGGGAUUGUACUUUUAGAUGCAAUUCUCAAAACAAACCGUGUAAUGGUGAAAUUUUCAGGUGGGAAAGUCCGAUGUAAUAACAUACCUAUAAGUGAUAUAAAAUUGUGCUAGAU